AUGAGAGUCGCCAUCCGCGAGCAGCUCGCCGCGCUUGUGCUCUUCGCUGUCCUCCUGUCCCUGGCCAUCAUCUCCAUCCCAACAUGGAUCUUUGUCCACAACUUCGUCGUCGACGUCGAGUCCGACGGCCUGGCUCUGACCGCCUCGCUCAAGGCGUCCGCCAUUGCAUCUGAGCUCGCUCUGGCGCAGACCAUCUGCCAGACCGUCGCCACGCGCAUCCUGCUGCAGCAGGCCUUUAUCGACUUCUACAACCAAAACUCGACCAACAAGACGGACCCCUUCGCCAAUGCGCGCGCCGACCUCGAGAGCGCCAUGGGCACCACCCGCGGCCUCACCGGGCUCCUGCAGGCUCGCCUCUACUCGCGGAACUCGACUGGCGACGGCCACCGAGGCCUGCUGAGCGUCACCGGUGCCGGCGUGGGCAAUGCGACCAAUAACAUUGAGCUCCCCUACCUGACGCCCGACGGCUCCAGGGUCAACCUCAGCGAUACCGAGUACGGCUACCCGCUGUCGCUGUACCCCAACAUCACGUACACCAAUCUCGGAUACCCAAACCCCUAUGUGCCGUCAACGCCGGCCUAUGGUGCCUAUGCCUUUCCGAACGUCAAUCUGAGCACCGGCGGCGGCCUGGUGCUGGGUCCUCUUGUCGUUAACGAAACCUUCGCCCUCAUCUCUCUCACCAUCCCCAUCCGCUCCUUUGCCAUCUCGGGCUUCAUCCUCGGCUACUUGACCUUGGUCCUUUCCGCGAGCUCGCUGUCCACCAUUCAAGCAUCGCCCGAGGGGCUGGGCUCGACUGGCGUUGUCCUACUCGUUGGCCCGGCCAAUCCAUCCAACCGCUUCAACGUUUCGCAGCCGGCGAGCAACGACACAUACUCGCCUACGCAGCCCAGUUUCAAAAACACACCCGUUCGUUUUGUCAUACCUCCCGUUCCGGUCCCAGGGCAGUCGGAUCGACACUCGUCGCGUAAUUACCACUCCGGCAACUAUUAUGGACGUCCGUUCCCCCUCCAUGACUAUCCUAGUCUGACAAAGGUAUAUACCCGCAAGCUCUCGCCAUUGAACAAUUCCACCGUGGAUCUCUCCACCACAAACGAACAGGGCGUGCCUGUCGCCGUAGGUGUCGCUCGCCCCGCAACUACCCUCGUCAAUUGGGCGGUAGUCGUGGAAAAGGCCAAGAGCGAAGCUUACCAGCCCAUCGACAAGCUGAGAGAUAUCCUCUUGGGAUGCGUCUUUGGAACGGCCGGCCUUAUCGCAAUCCUCGUGUUUCCCUGCGCGCAUCUCAGCGUCUUGUCCAUCAGGCGGCUCAAGGCCGCGACGGAAAGGUCCAUCAAUCCUCCGGGAUACGAGGAGUAUGACGACGCGUAUGAUGAAGAACACACAGGCUCGGGAGCUACUAGUUCUAAGCGAUCCGACAAGGGCUUCUUCUCUACCGUGAAGCGCAGGAUAUGGAAGGAGAAGAAGAUUCUGCCCAUCAGCGAAUCCGACGCCCACCGACACGUUUUCAAGAUUCCUGGCAGAGUUGAGGUUGGCAAACACUACAUCACGGACGAACUCACGGAACUCACGGAGACGUUCAACGAAAUGACGGACGAGCUGCUCAAGCAGUACACGCAGCUGGAGGACAAGGUUGCAGAGAGGACGCGGGAGCUUGAGGUGAGCAAGCGAGCGGCAGAGGCUGCCAAUGAGAGCAAGACGCUCUUCAUCGCCAACAUUUCUCACGAGCUCAAGACGCCCCUGAAUGGCAUCAUGGGCAUGUGCGCUGUCUGCAUGGAAGAGGAUGAUAUUGUACGGAUAAAACAGUCGCUCAAAACUCUCUAUAGGUCAGGAGAUUUGCUACUACACCUAUUAGAGGAUCUCCUCAGCUUUUCCAAGAAUCAGAUCGGACAACAUGUCAGCCUUGAGGAGAGGGAAUUUCGGUUGGGUGACAUCAAAUCGCAAAUGCUGUCUAUCUUUGAUAAGCAGGUGCGCGAGAGCAACAUCACAUUCACCGUGAGCUUCCUCAGUAGCGAGAAUAUCGAGCUGAAUGGGAGCAUGGACCAAAACAUGUUGGAGAAGAGGCUGCCGGCUUUGGGUCCUAACGGUAUGGGACGUCUGAAGGAUGUUUACGUCUGGGGUGACCAGCACAGGAUUCUGCAGGUCAUGAUCAACCUCGUCAACAACAGUCUCAAGUUCACGCCGUCCGGAGGCAAAGUGGAACUUCGCAUCCGUUGUGUAUGCGAGGUUGACCGGCUGGAGACUGAUGUCAGUCGGACUUCGUCUUUGUCCAAGAGUGGCUCUGCAAGAGUCGGGCGAAGCCGUCAUAGAGUCAGCUCGGGAUCGACACGCUCCACCAACUCCAGGACGACGAAUACCUCCACACCACUCAGAAACGGCACUGGUACCGCCCUCGCCAUCAAUCCCCUGGACCCAAAGGCCACGCCUCACGUUCGCAUCCGGGAGCGCUCACCUACUCCGCCGCCGGCAAACGCGAAGCCAUACAUCUUUGAGUUUGAGGUGGAAGACACGGGACCGGGCAUACCUGAGCAUAUGCAGGACAAGAUUUUCGAACCGUUUGUUCAAGGCGACCUUGGACUAAAUAAGAAGUUUGGAGGAACAGGCCUGGGUCUAAGCAUCUGUUCACAGCUGGCCAAGCUGAUGGGCGGGUCGAUCACCCUCAAGAGCGCUGUUGGCGUUGGGUCAACGUUCACGAUGCAGAUACCCCUCAAAUACGUCAAGGACCGCCCGCCAAGCACCGCCUCCAGCAGCACAGGAUCGAGGCCAACCAGCGUCAGGUCGGUAGUUGGCGAGGGGCCCCGGAGCUCCUUGAAUGGAUCGGCCUCGCCGCUGCAGGACCCAAAGUCCAAGAGCAGCCCAUCUCUGUUAGACAACAAGCUGCCCCGUCUCGUGGGCUUGAGUGCGCCGUUCUUCGCCGCAAAGCCGAACUCCUCUGCCAGUAAGGAGGACCAGACGGCAGCCAUUGAUAAAGCAAUGGCCAACAAGACGGGCAACGGCAAACUGCGCGUCCUUGUUGCUGACGAUAAUGCGACCAAUGUUGAAGUAGUGAGCAGAAUGCUCAAGUUGGAGGAUGUCUAUGACGUGGCCAUUGCCAAAGACGGCCAAGAAGCAUAUGAGCUGGUAAAGGCCAGCAUGGAGAAGAACCAGCGGUUUGACGUGAUUUUCAUGGACAUCCAGAUGCCCAACGUCGACGGGCUGCAAUCGACGCGACUGAUUCGCAAAAUGGGCUAUGUGGCGCCCAUCGUUGCGCUUACUGCCUUUUCCGAAGAGAGCAACGUUAAAGAGUGCAUAGAAUCAGGCAUGGACGAAUUCUUGAGCAAGCCCAUCAGGCGGCCAGCCUUGAAGAAGGUGCUCAAGAAAUUUGUCACUAUACCGGAGGAGCCAGAGACGACGAAUGGCUCGACGAAAGAAAAGGGAACAGGUUUUGAUACAACUUCGGCGAACGGGACGGCGAACGGGACGGCAACGGGGAUAAACGGGACCGCGCACGGCAACAUGAAUGGGAAAACAAGGGAUUGA